CCGCCACCCCCGCCGGCUCCCUUCCUCUCGCCCUCUCGCUCCCUCGCUCUCUCUCGCUUUCGCAGGGCCUUCCCCGCGGUCCGUGCGCGCAGGCGGCGGCGAGCCGUCUCGGACGCAGCAUGCAGGCGCGCUACUCCGUGUCCGACCCCAACGCCUUGGGAGUGGUGCCCUACUUGAGCGAGCAAAACUACUACCGGGCGGCGGGCAGCUACGGCGGCAUGGCCAGCCCCAUGGGCGUCUACUCCGGCCACCCGGAGCAGUACGGCGCGGGCAUGGGCCGCUCCUACGCGCCCUACCACCACCACCAGCCCGCGGCGCCCAAGGACCUCGUCAAGCCGCCCUACAGCUACAUCGCGCUCAUCACCAUGGCCAUCCAGAACGCGCCCGAGAAGAAAAUCACCCUGAACGGCAUCUACCAGUUCAUCAUGGACCGCUUCCCCUUCUACCGCGAGAACAAGCAGGGCUGGCAGAACAGCAUCCGCCACAACCUGUCGCUCAACGAGUGCUUCGUCAAGGUGCCCCGCGACGACAAGAAGCCGGGCAAGGGCAGCUACUGGACGCUGGACCCGGACUCCUACAACAUGUUCGAGAACGGCAGCUUCCUGCGGCGCCGCCGGCGCUUCAAGAAAAAGGACGUGCCCAAGGACAAGGAGGAGCGGGCCCACCUCAAGGAGCCGCCCCCGGCCGCGGCCAAGGGCGCCCCGGCCGGGCCCCCUCUAGCGGACGCCCCCAAGGACGUCGAGAAGAAGCUGGUGAUCAAGACCGAGGCGGCGUCGCCGGCGCUGCCGGCCAUCACCAAGGUGGAGACGCUGAGCCCCGAGAGCGCGCUGCAGGGCAGUCCGCGCAGCGCGGCCUCCACGCCCGCCGGCUCCCCCGACGGCUCGCUGCCCGAGCACCACGCCGGCGCGCCCAACGGGCUGCCCGGCUUCAGCGUGGAGAACAUCAUGACGCUGCGAACGUCGCCGCCGGGCGGCGAGCUGAGCCCCGCGUCCGGGCGCGCGGGCCUGGUGGUGCCGCCGCUGGCGCUGUCGUACGCGGCCGCGCCGCCCGCCGCCUACGGCCAGCCGUGCGCGCAGGGCCUGGAGGCCGGGGGCGCGGGGGGCUACCAGUGCAGCAUGCGCGCCAUGAGCCUGUACACCGGGGCCGAGCGGCCCGCGCACAUGUGCGUCCCGCCCGCGCUGGACGAGGCCCUCUCGGACCACCCGGGCGGCCCCACGUCGCCCCUGAGCGCCCUCAACCUCGCCGCAGGCCAGGAGGGCGCGCUCGCCGCCGCCGCCGCGGGCCACCACCACCAGCAUCACGGCCACCACCACCCGCAGGCGCCGCCGCCCCCGCCGGCGCCCCAGCCCCAGCCGGCGCCCCAGCCCGGGGGCGCGGCCGCCGCCGCCGCCGCCGCCGCCGCCGCGGCCCAGGCGGCCUCCUGGUAUCUCAACCACAGCGGGGACCUGAACCACCUCCCGGGCCACACGUUCGCGGCCCAGCAGCAGACUUUUCCCAACGUCCGGGAGAUGUUCAACUCCCACCGGCUGGGGGUGGAGAACGCGGCCCUCGGGGAACCGCAGGUCGGCACCAACGCGAGCUGUCAGCUGCCCUACCGAUCCACGCCGGCGCUCUACCGCCACGCCGCCCCCUAUUCCUACGACUGCACGAAAUACUGACCUGCCUGGCCCGCUCCGGCUGCGCCUCCCACACCCGGGCCUCUCGGGCGGUCCAGGCUGCAGAGGCGCAGAAAGAACCAAAAAAUAUGCCCGCCAGCUUUUU